AUGUCAGAACCAUCAGCCAGCGAAGAAGUGUUACCGGAGGACAAGGAGGAGCAAACAACGAAUGCCAAAAAGGUUUCGCAAGUGUCUCCGAAUCCGACAUUGCAAUGUGAAAUGUGUCAGAACUAUGAAGUAAAUCUGACGGCGAUGCAGGAGAACGAGCGAAAACUAAAAGAAGAAGUGAAAGCGGCGAUGGAGCUAGCCGAACGAUAUCAACUAGAUUUGAGUGACGAACGCGAUUAUCGGAAGGAGUUGGAAAAGAAGAUGAAUGAAUUAUCAACGAAUUGUUUGAAUCAGGUCAACGAGGCGGCAAAAGCUAAUGCGAAAUCUGAGAAACGGUUAGAUGAAUUGAGUGCAAAGCACGAUAAAUCGAUAGAAGUGUUCACGGAACAGCUGAAUUUAGCUCAGGAGAAGCUUCAAAAAGCUGAAGAAGACUUUAUAACGCUAGGAAAGAAAUACAAGAAACUACUAGGAUCGACUCGAAAAUCUGCCCAAGAGCUUCGAUCGGAGAAAAUCGAUCUGCCAGCGGAUAUAGAUCAAUUGCAGUUCAUCUGCCUAAAAAAUAGGGAAGAAUUGAUUGAGACGAGAGCGGCGAAGGAGCACACCGAGCAACACUUGAAGGAUGAAAUCACGGUUCUGCGUGCCGGAAUUCAAGAGGAACGAGUUCAUCGUGAAGACCAAGAAGUGGCAUUUACCGCUGAAAUCAGUCGAUUGCAAUCGGAACUUGGAAGUGUAAAUAGCAAAUUCACUGUGGCUUCUGAAUCGAUUGCUGAUCAGACGUCUAAUAAUCGACAGAUUCGAGAUUUACAAGCUACGGUGGCCGAGUUGGAAGCUCAAGUCCAACAGGUUCAAAAUGAGAGAUCCGCGGUAGAACAAACAGCACAGAAUUAUAAACAACGGUGCACAAGUUUGCAACAAGAGCUGGAAACUUCCGAAAUCGUGCAGAGAGAUUUUGUAAAACUCUCGCAGAGUCUUCAGAUCCAACUGGAAAAAAUCCGACAGUCGGAACAAGAAGUUCGGUGGCAAUGGGACGAUGAUGUGAAUCAGUGCUCCAAUUGCGACACUUCUCUAGUUAAACUGAAAGCCAAACCACAUUGUCUUCACUGCGGCAAAAUAUUCUGCACGAACUGUCUGAAAGACACCGUUCCAAGUGGACCAUCUCAUCGACCUGCUAAUGUAUGCAAAGUGUGUCACACGCUCCUCAACAGAGACACCAAACCAUUCUUCGCGACUCAAGAUAAAUAA